AUGCUUAAUAGCAUCGACUCCACCAAGUCACCCAACGACAAGAAGCACUAUCGCUUGCUCACGUUGGAGAACGACCUGCAAGUUCUGUUGAUCCAGUUUCAACCUAACACAGACGAUGACGAUGGCGGCUGUGACGAGGAUGCUCAGAGCGGAGAUGACGACGAUGACAGCGACGAUGGAAAAAACGACGGACAAGACGAAGGCUCUGACGACGAAGAUGACGACAUGGAUGCGAGUACCAGUGGACGGCGUUCGGACGUGUCGAUGGGAGGUCAUACCAAGGAAAAGUCGUCGUCCAGCCGUCGUGCAGGUGCAUGCUUGACAGUAGGCGUCGGAAGCUUCUUCGAGCCACAAGACCUCGGGGGCUUGGCUCACUACUUGGAGCACAUGCUGUUCAUGGGGAGCGAGAAAUACCCCGAUGAGAACGAAUUCGAAUCGUUCUUGAGUGCUCAUGGCGGCUACAGCAACGGAGAGACUGACUGCGAGCGCACGAGCUACGUGUUUGAGGUCGGCCCGGAUCACUUGGAGCGCGCCCUCGACAUGUUUGCACACUUUUUCAUUUCGCCACUCAUGAAAGCCGACGCAAUGGACCGAGAGUUGUGCGCCAUCGAGUCCGAGUUCAACCAGGCGACUCAAAGCGAUCAAAUUCGUCUGCAGCAAGUUCUCGCUGCCACGUCCGACGUAACCCAUCCGUUCCAUCACUUCAACUGGGGCAACAUCAAGUCUCUCCGUGAUAUCCCUCUGUCUCAACAAAUCGACGUUCGCGCUAGAGUGCUGGAUUUUUACAACACCCAGUACUCCGCCAACCUGAUGAAGCUCGUCGUGUGCGGCCACGACCCACUCGACGACAUGGAGUCGUGGGUCCGUCGAUCGUACACCCCCAUCAAGAACAAGUAUAUUGCGCCGCGCUCGUUUGCAGCACUGCCCCCGCCGUUCGGCAAAUGUGCCGAUGCCCGCCCUGCACAAUGCAAAAUCCUUCCGCUCAAAUCCAUCCACUCGGUCUCACUCUUGUGGUUUCUGCCGCCCUUGACUGGCCACAACCACCUGAAGCCGCACGAUUACGUUGCGUCCAUCUUGGGCCACGAAAGCGAAGGAUCGAUUUUGUUUUUGCUCAAGAGUCUUGGGUGGGGUCUCUCCAUGUCGGCAGGUCUCACGGAAGAUCACGGCUACGACUACGGAACGUUUGGAAGCGUCUUCACGAUCGAAAUCAAGCUUACGCUCGAUGGCCUGGCGCACUAUACCGACGUAGUGACAAUCGUGUUUCAGUUCCUCAGCAUGAUGAACGCGAGUCCGUUGCCAGCGUGGAUAUUUGACGAAGCCAGGGCCAUUUCGGAAUUGAAUUUUCAAUUUCAAGAAGAUCAAGAUGCAAUGGAACAAUGCGAGGAAAUGGCCGCGUUGAUGCAGGGCAUGUACCAAAUCCCUGCGCAAGACCUCCUGCAAACGAACGUGAUCAAAGGGGUUUUUGAUGCAGCGAGUGUGCACUCAGCAGUCUUGCAGCACCUGACGGUCGAAAACGUUCGCGUGCAUGUUGUGUCGAGCUCAUUUGCAGAUGCGGCCGUGGCGUUCAAGGAAGAAGAGUGGUUUGGGGUCAAGUACAUUUACGAGCCGAUCACGUCGGAUGUAGUCGCCGCGUGGUCCAACUGCGGCGUGAACGCCAAGCUGCGGUACCAAGACCCGAAUCCGUUCAUCCCGACCGACCUGUCUUUGGUCCCGCUCGACUCGAACGACGAUCUUGGAAACGCCCCUCGGCGCAUUCACGGCGACGCCGUCUGGUACCAUUCCGGUGCGCCGUUUCGGACCCCCCGGGCCCACGUUGUGUGCUAUGUGGCAAACCCGAACAUUGUUGAAUCUGCCAAGUCCAUGAUGGCCAGCGAGCUUUACCUCCGCCUCGUCAAAGACUCGCUGAACGCUUACUCGUACCACGCGCAAGUGGCGCAAUUGACGUUUGAUCUGCACGUCAAAGAGGCCGGGUUUGAGUUAUUUGCAUGCGGCUUCAACGAUAAGCUCCCUCAGCUCGUACGUGUCAUGGUGAACCAGCUUGUGGCUCUCGACUUGAUCGAGUCCCGAUUUGACGUGAUCAAAGAAGAGCUCGUCCGUCAAUACCAGAACGCGCUGCACAAAGGCCAAACAAAGGCCAAGUUUUUGAGGCUGCAUCUUCUAAUUGACACGUCGUUUUCGCACCAAGAACUCGUCAACGAGUUAGUUCCGUUCACUGUACAAGACAUGCGUGCCUUCAUCGCGCACGAUCUGUGGCGUUUAGGGGCCCGAGUCGUGGGGAUGGUGCACGGAAACCUGUCGAAAGCUAACGCUAUCGAACUCAUCCACGGAAUGUCCGCGACAAUCGCCAACGUGGCGCCACCCGUGGCGAAAGGACACGAGUGGGUCCCGCGCCUCGUCCGUGCCAUUGCCCCGUCGUCCAACACGAUCGUUUGGGACACGAGCGAACACGACCAAGACGUGAAUACAGUGUGCGAAUUCUAUUUCCAGAUGACAAACCACACGAUCGAAGGCCUGGCGCUAGCAGACUUGCUGCAUUCGAUCAUGGAAGAGCCGUUGUUUGACGUGCUUCGGACCCAGAAGCAACUGGGGUAUGAAGUGUCAUGCACGGUGCGAGUGACCCAUGGCAUCUUGGGGUUUGGCAUUACGGUCGUGUCGUCAUCGACGACGUCCGCGUCGAUUGCAGCCGAAAUCGAUGCGUUUCUAGACGGAUUCCGCCAAACGCUCGACGACAUGCCGGCGAGCGAAUUUCAAGCGCACGUUGACUCGCAAGUCCAGCUGAAACUCGAACCCGACGUGACCAUGAUGGCCGCGACCGAUCGAUUCUGGACGGAGAUUUCGACACAACGUUGGGCGUUUGACCUGAACAAGGACUUGGCCACGUGGCUGCAAUCCCAGCACUGCACCAAGCCAAAGCUCAUUCGGUUCUUUUCCAAGUGGUUUGGUCCAACUGCCCGGAAGCUGCAAGUGCGCAUUGUCGGCCAGAACGCAUCCACCCGACAGAACGACGUGCCUCCGGCGACUUGCGUGCGGUCUAGCGGCAUCGUGCAGCUCAAGGCGUCGCUGGCCCUGCACAACGAGUCCAAAACGAUCAAGUAG